AUGUUUGGUAAAUUAGGAGGGAUAUUUAGUUGGGAUAAACGUACAGUAGUACAACGAUACACGCAGGACCUUUCACAAAUUACUGGUGAGAUUCAUGCCCUUGAGAAGAGUUUGCAAAGAGGUCAGGACACAAUAAAUCGUAUCCAGUCACGAUUGACCACAUAUGGACUUAUGGGUUCUGGUGCCGUGAUGGCUUAUGUGUACAUGGAACGUAUGUUUCCUUAUUGGAGCAAUUUUGUUAGUUUGAUAGCGACAUUUAUAGCUUGUGUUGCAGUGUUGAUGUCAUUGAAAUGGUUGGCUUCAUUGAUUUAUGGGAAAUACCAAACGUAUCAGCAAAGGAAAUUGAAUAAGUUGAAGGCUAUACAUCAAAAGAAAUUGAAUGAAUUGAAGAAAGAAACCAAUUUUCAUGAGACUAAUUCAAUUAUUCAAAGGUUUUCAUCAGGGGAGGAUCAAUCUGACGAUGCAAUGAUUCUGAUAGAUGAUGAAUUGAAGGAAAAAUAUUCAGAAUUACAAAAUUUAAAGAAUGAAUUAGAGGCACUGAAACAUAAUGAAAAUCAAACAGGUUUGAAUAAAGAAGAAAAAGAUGUAUGGUUUGAUAAAGUUAUAGGUGUUCUAGCCGGGGGUAAUGAUUUAGAUAAAUUACCUAAACCUAUUGUAUGUCCCAACUGUCAGAAACAUUCAGGUGCAUAUAGAAUUCUUGGGAAGCCUUUACUUUUCAUCUGUCCUUAUUGUCAAUAUAAGAUUGGUGAAAAUACAGAAUCGGUUCUCCCUCAAGAACAACAGUAUGAGACAAAGAAGGAACAAUCAACUGAAAGUCAAUCAAUUGAAAAUCAAUCAACAGAUAAAUAG